CUCCUACUCGCGUUAUGAUAUUCCGAUUAAUUGUAAGGAUAGCCAUCUUAUAGGGCUCGGAUCGGAGGAGCGCUAGUUUCCACUCCGAUCACUCGACCAACCACGGGCCAGCGGCGUGAGGAUGAUAAGCAAGGCAAUAACUAUGAAUGAGUAAUGGUAUAUUUGCUCGGACAUGAUGGAUAUCUGGGGCACAUAGUAUUUAUUUGACACCCCACCCCAAUGAUCGGGAGGCGACAGGCUACCUUGCACUACUUCUUUUGUGUGCCAAUUCGAGCGCUACAGCGCGUUCAUCUGCCAGCAUGUUUUCGAAACUUCCAAAGAUCUACAAUGUUUAUUUUUUGGCAUGCAUUGCAACAAUGGGUGGCAUGCUGUUCGGUUUCGAUAUCUCAUCGAUGAGUGCCAUCAUUGGAACUGACCAGUACAAAACGUAUUUUAACAACCCGGCGGGUCUCAUCCAAGGUGUAAUCGGUUCUGCCCUGGCAGCUGGCUCCGUCCUCGGCUCGAUCGUAGCUGGUCCCCUCUCCGAUAAGGUCGGUCGUCGAGAUGCCCUCGUCUACUCCUGCAUCUUCUGGCUCAUUGGAACUUCUGUCCAAGUUGCCUGCAAUAGCCGAGGGAUGUUGAUCGCGGGCCGCGUGCUCAACGGUAUCACUGUUGGCAUCACCUCGUCUCAGGUGCCCGUGUAUCUUGCAGAGGUCGCGAAGCCCGGACAGCGUGGUUCCAUCAUUAUCAUUCAACAAUUGGCCAUCGAGUGGGGUAUUCUCAUCAUGUACUUCAUUGGCUAUGGUUGCUCGUUCAUCAAGGGAGAGACUGCCUCGUUCCGAACGGCAUGGGGCAUACAGUUCGUCCCAUGCGUGUUCUUCAUGAUAGGUCUUCCCUUCCUCCCUGAGUCGCCCCGUUGGCUGGCCAAGGUCGAUCGCACAGAGGAGGCCCUGCACGUUCUUGCAAACAUCCAGGCGGCAGGAGACUUGAACGAUCCGUACGUCAUUGCAGAAUACGAGGAGAUCAUCACUGUUCUCACUGCUGAGCGUCUUGCCCCCAAGUCUUGGAGGAAGUUCGUAUACAACGGCAUGUGGCGACGAACUUUGACUGGUUUCUCCGUACAGGCAUGGCAGCAGCUGUCUGGUGCCAAUGUCAUGACUUAUUACGUCGUCUACAUCUUCACAAUGGCCAAUUUGUCGGGCAACAUCAACCUUAUCUCGUCUGGUGUGCAGUACGCAUUAUUCAUCAUCUUCUCGUCCAUAAUGUUCGUCUUUGUCGACAAGAUUGGUCGACGAACACUACUGAUCUGGGGUGCCGUCGCUAUGGGUGUGUGUCAUAUGGUCGUCGGUGGCACUUUAGGUGCCCAUUACACAUAUGUUCCCGAUGGUGUUGGCGGCGACAAGAACGUGGUCAUGCGCGUCACAGGCUCCCCAGCAUACACCGUCAUCGCCUUCUCGUACCUCUUGAUAAUCAUCUACGCCCUGACACUCGCGCCCAUCUGCUGGGUCUACGCCGCAGAAGUCUGGUCGCUCGAGACGCGUGCCGUAGGCAUGGGAAUAAGUAGCAUAGGCAACUGGGUAUUCAACUUCGCCAUUGGUCUUUUCAUCCCACCCGGCUUCCUGAACAUCCGCUGGGGCCUGUUCAUCACCUUCGGCGCCAUGUGUUUCCUCGCUGCUGCUCAUUUCUGGCUUGCGUAUCCCGAGACUUGCCAGAAAACGAUUGAGGAAAUCGAAGAAAUGUUCAGCGACAAUGGACCAAAGGCGUGGAAGACGAAGAUGGGUCACUCCAAGCUUGAAGACGAUGCUACUGCCGUCGCCAGUGAGCAAGUCAAGGGCGAGGCGAGGGCCAGCAUUGAGAAGGCUCUUGAACAUACGCACCGAACUGAGUCGGUUUAGUGUAAGACUCUGUUACGGGAUACUGCCAUUCGACUGAACUUCCACUCCCGCCUCGGUGGAUGUCAGAAGUGCCUAGCGGAGUUCUUUUGCAUCUGUUUAUUGCUAGACCUAUAUACCCCUUGCUUAUUUAUCAACAUAGCUAGCCACGAGAAAUCUUAUAUACCUUGACAACUCUCGG